CAAAUUAUCUCGAAAAUCGUAGGAAGUGACAUCAUCACGUCACGUUUUAAAUGGAGAAUGCGCACGUUAUUUUCCUCUUCAGUUAGCGCGAGAUCCUUCCGUUUCAAACUAACCUGCUAAAGAAAAGCCCUCCAACAUGGCCAGUUCAUCUUCGCCUUUAGAGCUUCCGCAUAACAGCAACGACGACGUUUUGGAGCUGAACAAGGAUUUGGAGAGAAUUAUUGAAGAUAUUGAAAAUAUAUCAGUGCAGCUGGCUUGGAUGAGUUAUGACAUGGUGGCGCUGCGGACCAGUCCCGAGCUUGCGGAGUCUGUGCAGAAACUGGAAGAAGCCUACCAUCGAUGCAGAGCUAUUAUCUGUGGAGACUGAGAACUGGAGCUACAGAUGGGCACAUGUCCUGAGCCCACUGUCACUACAACUACUCAGAUUUGAUAUGAGAGUUUUCAGUUCCCAAGAGUACUGCACUGUGAUGCAGGGAAAGGGUUGAUAAAGUAUGUAAAUGUUGUUUUAAGGUAAACGUUAAAACCCUGUUUUCGUUUUUUACAUUGCAGUGGAGAAGCAGGUAUUUUGGAGUGGUGUUUCUGUUCUCUGUCUACAUUCAGUUAUGGACAGACUGUAGCUCUUUUUAUUGUUGUUAUGCAUGGCUUGCAAACAUUGUUUUGUGUUGUGUAGUGUUGAAGUGUUCAGAUUUGUUUAACCUGUUAAACUGAAAUAUAAAUUUUUAAAAAUGA